GGCGUGCACAACACAACAGCAAUGCCGGCAUGGAAAAACACGUGUUUGUGUUUUGAUAUCUCGAGCUCGUCGGUGCAGAGUUUUUGAAACAGGAACGUGUUCAUUUAAUUUGCAGCAAGACAUUCCAAAAUCAUGAAGAAAGCUUCGAAAAAAAGCAAAGGCCGCAGCCUCAAAAUCAGCCAAGUAAAAAGGGCAAACCACAUCAAGACAAAGUUGAUGAAACGUGGCAAACUGAAAGGCAAAGUGAACAAAAAUCAUAGGGCCGAUAUUACUAGGAAGACGGUGAAAAAUCCUCCAAGGCCUGAACCAGUGGUUGAAGAGUUGAGCGAUGAUGACAUGAAAGACAUGGUCGAAGAAGGAGAUGUAGAUUUCCACAGAGAUGCUGCAGCAGCCAAGUCAUACUCACUCCUGAAAAGGAUUCGUUUUAACAAGACAAGCAGUGAAAAUGGGUCUAGAAAGAAGCGUUCCAAAGGACCCGGAGAUGGCAGUGACGAUGAAGAAGUGGAAGAAAAAUAUGAGGAAAUGAGGCAAGACACCCAUGAAGAUGAAGCUCCUCAGAGAGAUUUGCUUCCAAUUAAGACAAAGGAAGGCAUCGUCCGACGUACCACAACAGAAAUGGUGAAAAAUCUAAAACCGGAGAUUGCAGUGGCCCGAAUUGAAAAUGGUGGUCCGGUCGAAGAUGAAAAUGAGGAGGAAGAGGAAUUUGAAGAGAUUUCGGAAUCCAAAAUUGACCUUUCGCAACCACUGAGUGCAGCAAGAUUGUUGGCUCUGCGGCAUGAGCAGCUGAGCAAGUUUAGACUCAGAAUAGGCUGCCUGGCCAGUGGUGUUCUUGAAGAUCCCACCAGCAAAAUUGGAAAUUUGAAGCAUUUACUGGCCUUCUUGAGAGAACCCCAGCCCACGGAAGUGGCAGUUACAGUUCCCCGAUUGGCAGCAUUUUCUCUAUUGGAGGUUUUCAAAGAUUUGUUGCCUGAGUACCAAAUUAAAAAUGUGGCAGAACCUGGAAUCAAACUGAAAAAGGAUACUUUGAGGCUCCAGACAGAGGAGAACUUGCUUCUCUCAAGCUACAAGCAGUAUCUGACCCACUUGGAGAAACUGAUCGAGCCGAUUGUAAAACGCCGAGGGCAGACGGCAAAAAAGGUUGAACAGGAAACCCGUUUGGCUGUGGUGGCUGUGCAAUGCAUGAGCCAACUGCUUGUAGCUAGACCAUAUUUCAACUUCUCGGCCAACAUUGUCCGUCUGCUGGUGCCUCUGCUCGACCACAAAAUGUUGGAAGUGUCCAAUCUUGCAGCCGACGCGAUUUCUCAAGUUAUGAAAGACGACAAGAAGGGUGAACUGUCCUUUGAGAUCCUGCGAAGAAUCAAUGCAUUAGUCAAAGCAAGGAGUCACAAUGUAAAACCGCAGUGCUUGAAAGUCUUGUUGGCGUUGAGAAUCAAGGACAUCAAUUUGGACAAGGAAAGAGAGCUCGAGACAAAGCACAAGAAAUUAAAUAGGAAGGAAAGAUUUUUGUCCAGCUCAAAGAGAGACCGAAAGCGUGCCAAACGUUGGGAUGAGCUAAACAAAGAACUACUUGAGACUAAAGCUGAAGAAAACAGGCAGACAAAGAAUAAGUUCUUCACCGAAGUGACCAAAUUGGUAUUCACAAUUUUCUUCCGAGUUUUGAAAUCUGCUCCCACUUCGGCUCUCCUCACCGCAACUCUAGAAGGACUUGCCAAGUUUGCCCACUGCAUCAACGUUGAAAUGUACCAUGACUUGUUAGCUGUUCUUGAACGGCUUCUGAAAGAUGAGGAUGGGCAGAUAUCUACUAAACACAAACUUCUGUGUGUCCAGACUGUCUUUGCUAUUCUCUCCGGACACGGAGAGUUUUUGGUGAUUGACCCCACAAGCUUCUACACCCAACUCUUCAAGUGUCUCUUCAAGAUUUUCUUAGGAAAUAAGCAAGAGGACUUGAAGGUAGCUUUGCAAGUUUUGACCAAUUCAGUCAUGAAGAAGCGCCACCAUCUGUCCCAGCAAAGGUUAUUUGCUUUCACAAAAAGGCUUGCCACGGUUGCCUUGCAGCAGCAGCACAACGGCACCUUAGGGUGUCUUCAGAUUGUCAAGAGCAUCCUCGAGUUUAGCAGAAGUUUAGAUAUUCUUCUUGAGCCAGACAAUUCUGUUGGGCAGGGCGUGUACAUGCCGUUGGUCGAGGAUCCAGAAUAUUGCAACGCUGGAGCAGCGUCCCUUUAUGAAUUGCUCAUCCUAAAGGAUCACUACCACCCUAUUGUCCGAGACUAUGCUCAACACAUUUUGAAAAGGCCCCACAUUGAGCAGGAAAGUGGUGAUAUUGUCUCUGGUGUGCUCCCACAACGCAUUGAAAAAUUGUCAGCCAUGGAGUUGUUUGACCAAUAUGAUCCUUCCGAUGUCCAGUUCAAUCCAGCAAUAACAGCCCCUUUCCAUUUCAAACCCAAGCAGAGGGUCUUCUUUGUUCCUUCAAAUAUCAGAAAUGUGAAAAUGAGACACAUAAUAGGAGAUCUUAUGGAAGACGAAGAAAUCGAAGAAGGAGAAUCACAAAAUGUUGAUUUUUACCAUCUUUAAACAUUUUAAUAAUAAAAUAUUAAAUUGUAGUUUGAAUGAUA